GACAAGGACACUGCCGUCAGUGGCGCUUCAAACAGCAUGUCAACCUGCUAACACGUAUGGCCGCGAAAAUGGGGAUGAAAGUAAAUUAAUUAGUCGGAGAUCAAUAAUGUCCUCCGCUGCCAGACACGUGCCCUUUACACAGUGAAAUUAAGAUUAAAGACCAGUUAGAGGCGUCACUUCUACCGCCCUGAAGUAAGGGCCUUUUCCUGCACGGUUUCGUCAGCAGGAUGUCGUUAUAUCUGCUGACGGAUGCCAACGAUGGAUGUCUGCUUGUGUUUCACGACGCUUACAGUUCAGAGAAAUUAUUCAGACAUUUGUGACCCGUGGUGUUUUGUUUUAAAUUCAGUCCUGGCUUUGAAUCAUAUUAUGGUGAAAUACCUUUCUGGCAGAGUUUAAGAUUGAUUCAGAUUCAAAAUGCAUAAUCAAAGAAAGCUGGUGGCAGGACUCAACACAACUCUGAAGGUUAUUUUGUACACUAGUAAAGCUACAGUUAUUUUUGCUUUUGUCUUUUCUAAUAUGACUCCUGUUUAAUAUAUUUACACCUUAAAGUCACACUUGGUGGUUAGAGUGGGAUGAAAAGGCAUUUAUUUUGUAAGUAAAGUAAAAAACAAAAUCAUGGAAAGGACGGGAAAAUAGCAAGUGUGAAGCAAAGGCACGCAUAAUUUAGCUGCACAACACCUGUCAAAGUCCUUGAACUACAACCCAAAAGUGCUCACACAACAGAAGCAAUCUGUUUUGCACAUUUAGUGUGCUUCUUCCUACCACCUGGGUCAAAUUGACUGUUAAACUAAAUAGAUGACACUUAAAUAUACUAAGAGAUUCCCAAAAGAUUUUACAUUGCAGAUUUAUAAAAUCGGAAGAAUCACAGGAGAAGAAAUGAAUGAAAAGAAUCAGAAAAUUCAUUCUUUUUCACCAAAAGUAUCACUUUGUUUGACUCUUGAUGAUCUCAACAAAGGUAUUAGUAGGCUAGCUCGGGAGAGUGUGUCAUCUUCUAAUCGCAGCGCUGAUGGCUUGAAGUGUCCUUGGAGAACGACACCUUACAAGGUGGCUUGCUGCCUUUAGCGUCUGAGUGAGAAUGGAAUGGAUGAGUGAGAGGCCAAUUACAAAGCACUUUGGAUAAAAGUGCUAGGAAAAUGCAAGCAAUUUUGUUUUUGGCAGCUCUGCUUAGAACAUCCAUAUAAAAAUUAGCUAAUAGAGAGGACAUACCUCCAUGCCAUUGCAAUUAGCAGUAUUGAAAAUCUCAUUUUCAAUAAUCAAUUCCAACUGAAAUGUGCUCAUUAAGGGCUUUUUCCUGGCUCAGAAUUGACAUUUCCAGGUUGGGGGGGGCAUGGGUGACUGAGCACAAACACACUAUUAAUCCACACAAAGUCAAACACAUCAGUGUGUGUUGCCUUAUUUGACAGAAAAGUAAACAUAUCCUGUUACUUCUGUCCAUUUCAUUUACAAUCAGGGUUCGUAUGCUUUUUUCAGGGUCAAAUUCAAGCACUUUUUAAGCACUUUCAAGGUCCCUUUUUAAGCUUUUCCAGCACCCCCAUCACAUAGAUCUUUUUUGCAACCAAGAUGGCGACAGUAGACAUGCUUCCAGAUUGAAAAAUGGGACUUCAGAAACCAAUGGGUGACGUCACAGCAGCUAUGUCCAUCUUUUACACCGGGCCAAGUUGUGACAUAUUGAUGACAUCACUAGACCGUCAUCUGAUUAACUUUCUGAGCUCCACCCAAAGCUGCAGCUCUUAUACAACCAAACUAAGUAGCAGCUGCCAUCACAAGGAAGCUGAAUUAAAUAUUUAAAAAAUUGUGAAGUGCCCCUUUAAAUUAAACAGCAAUUCCAAGAAAACUUCAAAGCAUCUGACAGUCAGUGUCCCCAACCAUCCGCUGCUUCAAGGUAACUCUGCUGAGUGUUAAUUAAGGAAUCCUGGAUGAGUAAGCUUGGCUAUAAUGUCCAUUUCCACUGUUUAUAACAGUAUGUGCACACACACACACACACAAACACACGCAGUCUCUGCUUCAUCUCUGUGAGCUGUGAUCCAGUGCCAGAAGCGGCCAUCUUCCCAGGAACAACUCUUUGUUUUCCUCUCCUCGAGCUCAGUCAGCGUCCCUUUGAGUUACAGCUCCCCGAAGAGCUCAUUGUGUUUGUGUUCACAAGCACGCACACACAAACACAGCCAGAAAGAGACAGCAAAGCAGAAUGCUCCAUUUAUUUUCCCAUUACAGCCUGGCUGGUUUACUCUUGAAUAGUUUUACAUGCUGUUCGAUCUCUGCUUGCUCACUGUCAGUUUUUUUCCACUGUGCGCAUAAAAAAAACCAAGAGGUUGACAUUCCUAAGGAGUGGAAGGGGCGCUGAGAUAAAAAAGUGAGGUUAUAAUGAAUGAAAAUCCUGCAGAAAAUGCACUUGAUAUGUAAAAAUAUAUAUACAUAUUUAUAAUUAUCUUGCUGGAUUAGUGAAAGCUUUGAUUAUUGAUUGCAAGUACUGCAGAGAAUAGAAAGCUGAAAGUUCUCCUGAUAACAUUAUUCCGCCUCAAUUUUUGAGGGGUGGGAGGGAGCGGUUGAAGCAAAAGCAAAGUGGCCUGGUGUGAGGCCACACCAUACGUCUUGCUCUGUGGUAUUUCAGGGCUCAUCACAGUUGCAUAAUUGAAUUGACUUGCAUGGGUGAACUUAAUUGCCUCCGGUGCCACUGAGUCCUCGCUUAGAUGUAGAUGCACAGUGCGCAUCGGCACAUCUGACUUUUAAAGCAGCACGCUGUGCCAUCGAACACUGGGUCCUCUCAUUGCCUGUAUGGGUAGGAUUUAACUCGGGGGUGAUUCAAGGCUAUUCAGCCAAGCCUUUUGAGUCACUGCAACUCCCUACCGUGGAGGAUCCCGAUAAGGGGUGAUUCAUGAGCAAUGUCGGCUGCAAGGCUCGGCCCGGCUGGGGACAACAAUAACAACGAAAACACCACACAUGGACAAGAAAGCCACACACAUAAACACAAGCUUAACUAAAGAAAAAGAGAGAGAGACAGAGCGAAAGGGGGACACUUUGCAUGUCUUUAAAUCACAGUGCAAACACACAGACGUUACAUUCUGAUCCCCGAUUUAUGUUUAUAGUGUCGUUCUUCUGAAACUGUUACUAAAGUUCUGUUUGGGAUGACAUCAUGCCCAAAUUUCCUCAAGUUGUUUCUAUCUAAAUCAAUGAUGCAGCUCUGUCUCCAUCUACUGGCGACAAUUUGACACUGCACAUAACCGUCUUCAUAGCACGUUUACCAAGGUAUAUUUAAUAAAGCGUAAAAUAUGGCAGAGUCUUUGGGAAAUAAAACAUUACACCAGUAUUUUGUGCUUUAUUUUUCAUUACAAAUAUCAUAUCAAUCAUGUAUCAUCUACUAUUAGCCAUUAUCUGACGGUUUCCUUCCUAAGUCAUUUCUAUUAAAUGCUAAAUCUGUGUCUGAAGGGGCCAAAACUAUUUGGAUUUGUGAAAGACAAAAAUCCAGAUGUUCUUAGGAGUAUUUUAGAGUGUCCAUCCUAUUAUUUAGAAACUGAAUCAAGCUCUUACAAAUAAAUGAACAGUACAACCUUUAUCAGCCCAGCAAAUGGUGCAGGGCUGUUUCACAAGACUGAAUUAGCGCAAGCUGCUGGGAUGUUGACUGCAUCACUUUUUUCGUAUGCUUGCCAGUCCAGAUUGUCUUGGGCAAUUAAAGCACUCCAAAGUGCUGGGCUUUAUGGUCACCAGUCUCCACCUCUAUUUGAUAUUUCGGGGAAGUGCUCGGGUUACAAAAUCAAAAACCAACUCACUGGUCACACAGACAGUAAAAACUAACAGAAAUCAGCUAUUAAUCAUCCACUGGCACACGUGGACAAGCAAUUACGCCUGAUAUUUAAACAGUACUUCUGUUUAAUCCUCUUUUCGUCAUAUUGUGCGGAUGUACAGAUACACAGAAACACACACAGCACAGAUAAAGCAGCAGCGCGCUGGUAGCUCCAGCCAGAUGGGAAACAAACAAUUGGUGAAGCAUUGAAGCCAGCUUGAGGUGCGAUCCCUCCAUCAUGACACAGCUCUUAAACAGUGACAGUACAGCACCAAGUAAAGAAGACAAGCUUCUCAUGUUCCUGAACCAGUCAACAGAAUUCUGCAACCAUUUUGAGGACAGCUAUUGGUAUUGCUACAUCAUGCUGGUGCUCUUCGCUUUCACUGUUCCGGUGGGACUCCUGGGAAACCUAGCAGUGCUCAUCAACCACACCUGCUUUAUGAAAACCUCAAGCUCCAGCAACAUUUUCCUGCUUAACCUGACUCUGUGCGACUCAGCGUGGAUCCUCACACUGCCCUUCUCCCUCUACGUUACCUUGAGGAGGUCCCACAUCACAAACAUACAGAUCUUCUGUCAGUUCAAGAAGUCCUCCUUCAACAUCAACAUAUAUGGCAGCAUCCUCUUCCUGACUCUAAUCAGUUUCGACCGCUUCGUUGGCACGGUCCACCCGAUCAGUUCUCUUCGUUGGUGGAAUGCGGGUAAAGCCAAACUGUGCUCCUUCUGCGUGUGGGUGUUGGUCAUCCUUAGCUCCAUUCCUGACUUAUUUCUAACUUUUGGUAUUCAGCCCACAGAAAAUGUCACUGCCUGUGUGGACCAGAUCCAGGAUCCUUUUUACUAUGUCAGAGCAACCAUCAUUAUCAGAACAACAAUAGGCUUCCUGCUGCCGUUCACUGUCAUGCUUACUUUUUACACUAUGAUGGUUCGCGUUUUGAGGCGUCUCCCAAGAGGUCAAAGCAACCGAGCGAGAGGAAAGCCUCUACAACUCCUUACUGCCGCCAUAGUCGUCUUUGUGGUCUCCUUUCUGCCCUACCACAUUAUGGUCACCACGCUGGUAUUCAUGAAGAUUUAUAACCUAGUGACCCCCUCUAACACCAAUGUACUCUAUGCUUGCUAUGAGUUUUCUGUAGCCAUGUGCAGUGUAAGCAGCUGCCUGGACCCAGUGCUGUAUAUUCUGGCGGGUGAACAAUUCCAGAGGAAGUUCCUGGCAUGGAAAAGAGGCCAAUACAGGAGGUUCUGCUGCAGAGCCAGCAGGAGGAUUGGGGUAAUUGAGUGAUUUGCUGGAGACAGUUUAUGGCUAGUUACCUUAACUUGCCUUGGUUCAAAUAAGGUCCUGACAUGGUACUAAGAUAAUGUUGGCGCUAUGCAGACCUUUGCAGACCCUGUCAUUUGGAGCCAGUGGCAAAAAUAUAUAGAACAACCUUGGCCUAAUGCCCCCCAUGGAGAGGAUACAAGGCAUAACAGACAGGUCUAUAGUAUAGUAGCACUAAGUGUUAAAAACAAUGUAUAGUCAACACACUAUCUCCAGUUCAAACAAUCAGCAUUUUACAUCGCACCAUAAGCGCCUCCACAAAUGGGCAAAAGUGCUAGAGCAAGAAUCCAGCUUCACUGCUGCUACAGUGCCAGUGGCAGAUAUGAUAUAAUAGUAUAAUUAUCCUGACCUGUCUGCGACUGAAUAGUACUACUGUGUAAGAGGAAUGAAAAAGUAUAGUGCUGUGACUGACCAUCUGGGAUCAAUGCAACAACACAGCAAGACUGCGUUAUUGUCCUUUCUGUAUUACAUAAACAUUUGGUUAAGAUGAAAAUAAAUCAGAUUAAUCAAUAAAUCUUCUGUGGUCUUAUCCUUGUUUGUGCGUUGAAGCUGUGCCUAUUAAAAUCUGUGCACAGCUAACUUCACACUCACUGAUGUCAAAAGGCAUAACACAAGCUUGAGUUUUGCUUAUAUAAUGUAGGAGAGUCAUACAGGUGACAAAUUAUUUUCCAAAGACCUGAAUAAAUAGUUCUUUAGGUACCUCAUCCUCCAAGAACGUUGGCAAUCAAUAGCACGAUCUAUUUUGUGUCCACAGAAUUUCUUAAUAUUAUUAAUGUGCUCAGUCCAAAUCACUGGCUUAAGGAUAUUAUACACGACCAAGUCUUUCAAUUUUACUUUACUUUAAGCGGAUUUUAUUUGUUGCUUUACAUCAUAUGACCAAAGUAUUUCAGUUUCCUUGUUUUGGUGGCAGUGAGUCUUUUACUCAUAUAACAAAUUCACCAAUGUGGAAGUCUUCCACAUUGGUGAAUUUGGCCACAACUUCCCUGUUGGCAACAUGGAAUGCCACAAACACAACCAGCUGGUCCGAGCAGAGGUGGGCAGAGUGUAAACAGGUAAUCCACGACUUGCUGUGACAAUAAAACAAGAUUAUUUUUAAACUGCAUUGUCAUAUUACAUUAUUUUAGUAAGGACUCUGUAACUGUGCAUAACAAAAAAUACCGAAAUCUGUUUAUGUUUCGUGUGUGUUUCAUGAAAAGAAAAAUUAUAUAUACAUCGACCAAAUGUUGGUUAAUCUUUUUUCUGUACGUUCACACCUCAAAGCAAAAAUUAGUGUCUGUGAGUCAACACUGCAUAGUACAAUACUAAUUUAAAACAUCAGACCGGUCAAGUUCGAAGACCUUAAAUGUCUGCUUAUCAGAACUUUACUCAUUUUAAAUGGAUGUUUAGCCUGCUUUGCUUUUCAUAGCAUGACAAUCAUGUGAAUUGUGUUCUUUAUCAAAUGUUCACCCCACACUGAGCAUCAAAGCUGAUCUGACAGCUUGUGGUUGCCAAACAGAUUCCAAACACACUCUAUGUCACCUGACCCUUAAGAUUUUAACAAUCCCUAUAUGAAGUUCAGGUUCUGACUUCAGAUUGCCUCCAUGCCUGUAUCAAAACAGAAAGGCUCAGGUGAAUUAAAUAUAAUCCUGUUAGAUGCUUGUUAUUUAUGGUGCCCGUACCUGUUCAGAUAUUUUGACUGUAUUGCAGAGAAGUGGAUACAGCCCAUGGAAAAUGUGAUCAACAUUAACAAUGUACCAUCCAUACUGAUACCUGAACUACACAUAGUACAGUCUUUGUAUUGCAAACAUUGCUCUGUAUUCAAGUCAUCUAUUCAUACACAUCAUACUGCAAACUGUGAGGGUUUGCAUAUAAUGUGUAUGCACUUUCAUCCAUUUUAGGUUUCAGUAUGCAGCACUAUUGCAUCUUGUUUUGAUUCCAAACCUCAGAACAAUCCUGCCCCCUUAGGGAACUUCAUGAGCAUUUUCCCUAAAAGUAAAAAAAACACAAAAAAACCCCAGAACAGAAACCCUGAGUUUCCUCUCUAUCUGCAGUUGAGCAUGUGAACAGGACCAAACCCAUUCAUCACAUUGCUUAUUUGCCAAGCUGUGGCAUCACUGUGAGGCAGGGUGGGGGGUGGGGGGUGUUUGUUGAAGCAGCUACGGCUACUAAUGUCCCCAGAGCUGAGCACCUCUGUAACUAAGCAUAUGGAUAAUAAAUCAGAGGUGGGGAAGUGACAAAAGAACUCCCUCCACUGGGAGGCUGCAGCAAAAAGAGCCGAGACAUAGAGAGCUGGCAACUAGGCCACUGUACCACUGUACCUGUUCCAGUAAGCAGUGUGGAAGUCUAGUUCAUUUUGUUAUUUAUGGCUUGGCUCUGAAGUCGUACAUUUCAGGUAAAUAAGCAAUUUCCUCUUGGCUGGUUUCCUUUGUUUGCUUGCUCUCGUUAUUAUUGCUUUGUGCCUUUGUCUCCCUCUGCUGUUCAAUGUCAGGUUUUGGUUUUUUAAUUCUUGAUCUGUAGUUUCAUGUCAUAUUCCAGAGAAUUUUUGAGGUUUGUAUAUCAACACAAGAUAAAAGGCAAAUUUCCCUUCACAACCAACAAAAAGGUUAUGUUAUUAUCUCAUAAAGGAAAGGAUUUCCUUUUCUCCACUACGCCUGCUGCUUAUCAUGUAGUAGGAGGUGCAAGAGCCAGAAUCCUGGGGAAAUUACUUGCGUUACGUUUUUAGCUGACACACGCUUAGCUAUGUCCAAGAGCUAGGAAAACGCUAACUGAAUUUCUGGUAUUAUGACGAAUGAUGAAAAUGGUGAGACUGAACCAAAGUAAUGAUUCUAAAAAACACUCAGUAGAGGGGGUGCUAAUGGUGAUCAAGCUUAAUAAUCUGUGUGCAUUUAACCUUUCCUGGAGCCUAAGGUAGCACAUUUAUUUUUGUUCACACCUAAAUUUAAAAUGACAGGGUAGUCAGGGAAACUGACUUUAACAAAAAUUCACUUCAACAAUUCAUUAUUUCAGAAAGACUUCCUGCUCACGACUGUAGCACAUCAUCUGAGAGACAAAUGCACGGCCAAUAAAAUAUCGCAUAGCUACAUACAUAUAAAUACAACACGCAGAGCCUCCUAUCCUGCCACCCACGCAUUGACUCCUACACAGACUCAGUUCACUUUGACCUGCGGCCACAUACUGCUGUACAUAAGCCAUGUCAGCCUUUGCUUGCCACAGUAAUAACUCAUGACAGAACCCAGAUGGCAUCCUGCAGGCUACAAUCAUCAAGACUAGGGAAAAGGGGAUGAGAGGCACUCCAGCAACAGAGCAGCCAACAUCACAUCUCACAGUCUCACUCACACACACACACACACACACACACACACACGUCUGUGACCAUUGGAGGCCAACUCUCAUGUUACUUACUAUUUUUAAGUGCUGUUCACAAUAUCUGGAGCUUUAAAUGACGGAUUCAGGUGGAUAAGAGAAGUCAUAGCUUGAUUGAAUGUAAGUGUUUGUAAUAACAUGCAAAGUAGGAUCUAAUCCGGUUAGGACAGUGCUCCACAUGAAUUAACAUUACCCUUCACUUUGCCUUUUGGAAUUCACAAAGCCUCAGAGAGAAAUAGGUGAAUAUUUUAUGCUAAUGUGGUCACUGAGGCAGCAUUAAAGAGAUGCAGUGUCAUUUUCUGCAAAGUCAAAAUUGACAAAAUAGACAGCUGCAUUUAUACUAACCUAAACUAAUUGUGUUCUAAUAUUAAAUUUUUGCUGUACUUUUUAAAACAAUCUUCCUUCUUCACAUUAUUUCACCUGUAACACACUUAUUAGAGCCCGACUGACAGGCUAUUAUUAGGAAUUAGCCAUAUAUCGGUAUCGGCAUUUAUAAUAGCCGAUAAAUAAAAAUGAAAAUUGUAAAGAAGAGACGGCAGAAACACCCUUCAACCUUAAAAUGAGUGUUGAUGUUGCCAAAUACUUUGACCGCCAUAGGGCACUCUGAAACAUCCCUAGCAGCAACAUGUGUCUGGAAGCCUGUAAGCACAACAGCCAGCUGAGGCGGGCAGAGCGUAAAUGAGUAAUGAAUUAACAUGAUCAUUUUUAAACUGGAUUAUCUUAUUAUUUAGUAAUUACUUAUAAACACCUACACGUAACUAUACCCAUAUAGUUACGUGGCUUUGCGUGACUGAGACUAGGAACACUGGGUCUGGCUCUAACAAUUAUUUCAUUAGGAACUCAUUGACAUGAAACCCAGAGAACCCAGUAUGACCCAAGAUUUCAUACAAAUGUGUAAUGACAGCCAGUCUUGCCUUGAAUGACCAGAAGUCAUUGGCUAGCACCCACUCGAUUAGAGAGCAAACAUAGCCUUGAGAGGCUGAAUGGAGCAGGAUAGGUUGUUCCUUGAGCCUCAAAUGUCAACUUAAAAAUCACACAAGUCACUCAUCACAGAGAGUUUAUUCACUGUGGGAACACUGACUGAAAAAACACUAGUUCAAUUAAAGUGUUACGCAGCAACUGGAUUAAAAACUGUGUGAGUUUCUGAGAGGGGACAUAAUAUAUAUAUAUUGUGGCAAAUACCGCACAAAAAAGAGGAAGGCUGUGGGUGCAAUUCACAGCAAAACAUUUUCUAGGCCAUCAUAAAUUAUAAAUGAUGCAGGGGAUGUGUCACCUUUCAAAACCGAUGUCAGCUUCCAGGCCUGUGACACAUUUCUAUAAAGUUAGGCGUGAAACUGAAAACAGUGUCAGAACUUUAGCUCUGGUUCUAGGGAACAAGAAGACACCCUCUUCUAAAUGUGGAUACAGGAAAAACAAAAAAAGACCCAAAACAAAAAACAAAAAAAACUUUCAGUCUGCGACUCCAAAGUGCUUUGUUUUAAGAUGCUCAGACCUUUGCAUGGAUUGUGUUCCUACCCAGUAGCAUUCCCACUGGCUCCCAACAUAUCAGUGGAAAGACGAGAUAGUAGAUUGAUAUCUGCACAAUGUUAGUGGGGGAUAUCACGAUGAGCAGUAAGUGGGCCAUGUGGGCCUGUGUGGCAGACUUAUAAUGGAUGAUAGAUUUUAUUGUGGGCCUGCUUCUGUAGUGCUUCUCUUAUGCUCUACCUGUGUUUGUGAUUGCAUAACACUCCACUGAAAUGUUGUGCAUGGCAUAUCUCGCCUCUCCAACUCUCAGCCUCACUCAGACACACGCACAAACACACAUUCUUGCAUGUGCUUGCAAAAUAUCGCCGCUCUCUCACAGUUACAGACACACACGCCCGCACACAGAAGUCCAAACCAUCUGUUUAGAAGCUUGUUGAAGUGCAUUAGUUGCACCUGGCUAUGAAUGAGCUGCACUCCUCUCCUACAUACCUUAGAGCUAAUGCAAUUGCAUUGACCCUGAUACAGAUCCACGGGACCCUAGUGUAAAAUCUGACAUAAAACUGACUGAACUACACGCACACCUACUGUACAUCACCAUUAUGAAUCAUGCAACUGACAAAAUGCUGGUGGUGUAACACACCAAGGUUCUUGAGCUUCCACAACACUCGCUGGAAAAAUAUUUUGUGUCAAUGUGAUUUUAAAAUGAUGUACAAAUCCCAGUUUGAGCACUAUGUGAAUUAUGAAAAUAGUUAUAUAGUGGAUUUAUUUGUAUGCAAACAGAUACACCUGAGUCCCCUGUAGGUUCUUAUCCAUCAUCAUGUUGUCUGUAGCCACCUGAUUGUGCAUGACACAUUAUGACACCAUCAUGCUGCUUAGCAAUCGUCCAACAACAAACUAAAAUCACAGACUAAGAAAUACUGUAGCAUGGACAUGUAAUAGUUUGGGAACAAAAAUAUCACAAAACUUACUUUUUAAAAAGCAACUUCGUUCAGAUGAAGAAGUUAGACCAGCUGAACAUUUUCUGACUGAAAUCUUGUAUGAACUUUGAAAAAUGAUUUCCGAAUUUUAAUAACCCGACUGUAAUGAAAUGGCAGCGGGCAUUUUUAAAUCUGUUGUUUUGGGGAGCAGUCUGACAUUUUGGAUAAUACACUUAACCUCGGUCACAUCCAGUAUAUGUAACACGCUGGCUUUGCCAGUCUGUUAAAAUGAAGGCACUCUCUGGUGAUGAGAGCCAGUGAGUAUUACCCUAACUCACAAGAAUUUUCUUAAUACAGCCGAGCAGGUGAACAAAAAUCAGGACAAUUUACUUUAUCCUCCAUUCCUAAUCCCGACCAAACUGGUCAUGUGGUUAGGAAGAAGGAUGAAUAGACCCUUGUCUGGUGGACAAUAUAAGUACUGCAGGUGGACCUAAAGAACACAUUUACAAUUAAUUUUAAAACCUCCUUUUUACAAUGUUUUGAAAUUGAAAUUGUUGUACUGAUAUUUAGAUUAAUAAAAAUUAAACAAAAAAGAAAAUAAAGCAAUGAGAUUUUGCAUACAGAAGUGAAUGGCUGGAAGACUCUUCAGCUAUCAGGCCUCUCUACUAUGGGACCAGCUCCCAGUUUGGAUUCCAGAGACAGACGCCCUCUCUACUUUUAAGAUUAGGCUUAAAUGUUCCCUUUAUGAUAAAGCUUAUAGUUAGGGUUGCAUCAGGUGACCCUGGACCCUUUUCUUAGUUAUGCUGCAAUAGGAUUAGGCUGUUGGGGG